AUGCCCGCUCCCAAAGCAGAAGACCAUGAGGCCGACUUGCCAGGCCACAUGUCUGAUAUUGAGGACGAUAACGAGCCUUCAAUUCAGGACGACGACAACAUGGCUGAUUUUAAGAAAAGAUAUGACCCAAAGGACCCUCAAAGACCUAGGAGAAAGAAGGCGCGAAGAGCUUGCUUUGCCUGCCAAAGGGCUCAUCUUACCUGCGGUGAUGAGCGGCCUUGCAAGCGCUGUAUCAAGCGCGGCCUAGCAGACGCCUGCCAAGACGGCGUGCGAAAGAAAGCAAAGUAUCUUCACGACGCGCCGCCUGAAGCUCUUCGACCCGUGCUCGGACCCAACUACAACCCCAAGUCUGAACACACUCGUGCCAACGGUCAACGGCAAACCCCCAGUCAUUCGGAUACAGUCUCGACUGCCACGGGAAGUAACGGCGGCGGCGGCAGCUUCCUGCCUCAGAACACCGGGACUCCAUUUGUGUUUGGCACCUCGAACCAGACCCAAGUUGGCUUAUCAGAUACCCUGCCGUUCAACCCGCAAGCAACGGCAACUGUCCAAAGUAAUGCUGCUACCGCCGCAUCCCAGAUGGACAACAUGAUUCAAGGCAACCACACCAUGGAUUUCAACACACUGUUUGACCAUAGCAACCCCGCCCUGUACAAUUUUGACUUGGAGGGCCUCAACUUCGGCAGCCAGUAUGCUGGCUGGGAAUUCGGAAUUUUGAACAAGAUGGGAUUGGCGGCAGAAACGCCCUCGCGAGACAACAACUCCAUCUCAGCUACCCCAACCACGGAGGCUACCUAUGCAUCUCUCUUUGGCAACGGCCCGAAUCAACCGUUCGAUGCAAUGAUGGCGGGCAGCGACUACUCGGGGGUCGACUCAAACAGCAAUAUAUACUCCCAAGACAAUCUGCAGCAUGGCCUACCCCAUGCAUACGCCAUUCCGGCUGGGCCCAACAGCCUUGCCAGUCCCAGCACGGAUGCGACGGCGAGUCCGCAGGCAAACGUCGACGCAUCUCCGCACAUAGCCUUGAACAACCUGCCAGGGAUAGGCGGAGCAGCAAGGAUGAAACCAAAGCAGGACAAGAUUUCUCAAAUACUCAUGGGCAAAAGACAUCGAGAUUCGGCCUCGGUGUACGCCAACGUCAAGGAGCCGUACCCGUACACGGCCGGUUUCCACAACAUGAUCUCGGUGAUUAAGCACCGGCUACCCCUGAACAAACUCAUCACCAUCGCAAGAGCCCUUGGCGAGAUCCGCCCGUCCUUUAUUGCCUGCACCAAGGAUCUGACUCGCGAAGAUUUGCUGUUCAUGGAGAAGUGCUUCCAACGUACUCUGUUCGAGUUUGACGAUUUUCUCCAACACUCGUGUGCUCCAACGGUUGUGUGUCGUCGUUCUGGCGAAGUCGCCGCCGUGAACAAGGAGUUUACAGCUUUGACGGGCUGGACGAAGAACGUCUUGCUGGGCAAGGAACCCAACCGAAACGUUUCUGUCGGGCCGACACCGCAAGGCUCCGACGACGGCGACGACGGCAGCACGCGUACUGCUGCUGCCCCGACGCCGCGCCUAAAGCCCGUCACGCUUGACCUGGAUGGCGGGCGGCCACAGCCAGUAUUUCUGGCCGAGCUUCUGGACGACGACAGCGUCGUGCAAUUCUACCAGGACUUUGCCCAGCUCGCAUUCGAAGACAGCCGCGGCAAGGUGCAAAGGAGUUGCAGCCUGAUGAAGUACCGAACGCAAGACAUGCUGGAUGGGAAAGACGCACCGUCUCAGCGGGACAGAAACGGUAUCCUGAGCAGUCGCGUUACCAAGAUUGACAGCGAGCAGGGGAUAUCACGAAUCGAAAAGGAUGGCAGGGUGAACUGCACGUAUUGCUGGACAAUCAAGCGGGACGUAUUCGAUAUCCCCAUGAUGAUUAUUAUGAAUUUCUUGCCACGAUAUUACCCAAACCAGGAACCUCACCAGCUUGCUGUUUAA